AUGAGGCCACCAACAAGGCCGAUUCGGCGAAUCUUAGUCGCCAAUAGAGGCGAGAUAGCAAUCCGCAUUCUCCAGGCGAUUCGCGAGCUACCCCUCGCAGAAGAUGGCGUCAAUAUUCUUACAUUCGCAAUCUACACUCAAGAAGACUUUUCUCACUGCGAGAUCGGCGCGCCGGACCACUCAAUCCUGCUACCUUCUGCAUCAUGCUACAUGGACAUUCCCUUUUUGAUCAAUAUAGCAAAAGAGCAUUCAAUCGAUGCUAUUCAUCCGGGUUAUGGUUUCCUGAGCGAAAGUAGUGAGUUCUCACGCCGUCUUUGGGAGGAGGCUGGAGUGCAUGUCAUCGGACCCGGAUGGGAACUUCUGGAACAGAUGAGCGAUAAAUUACAAGCAAAACGAUUGGCGGCACAAUGCGAUGUGCCUGUUUUGCCGGCAAUGGGAAGACCGAGUGGUAAUCUAAGUGAUAUUGAAGCGUUCGUUGAUGGCAUCGGAGGGUACCCUAUCAUGAUCAAGGCCGUUGAUGGAGGAGGGGGUAGGGGCAUUCGUCUAGUGUGCACUGCCGAAGAAUUACCAAACGCGUUGGAACGAGCACAAGGAGAAUCGCCGUCAAAGACAGUGUUUGCUGAGAAAGCGGCUGUUGACGGAUUUCAUCAUGUCGAGGUUCAGAUUAUCGGUGACGGUUCUGGGGAAGUGAUGCAUGUGUGGGAGCGAGACUGCAGCGUUCAACGUCGAUUCCAGAAGAUCGUGGAAAUUGCACCAUCGGCAAUUGAGGAUAGGGCGUUGAUUGACCGGGUCAUAGAUGCUGCAGUCAGGAUGGCGAAGCACGCCCGCUAUUUCUCCCUCGGUACAUUUGAGUUCCUGGUGAAUGACCUAUUGCAAGAAUUCUAUUUCUUAGAGAUCAAUCCGCGUUUACAAGUCGAACAUACUAUUACCGAAUGUAUUUCGGACGUUGAUCUCGUUCAGACGCAGCUGCUGCUAGCUCAAGGAGCGACGUUGACUGAGCUGCAAUCUCGAUACUUGACCCCGGGUGAUCGAUCACCAAGAAAGCACUCUAUUCAGCUCAGAUUAUGUGCUGAAGACCCAGAAUCGAAUUUCGGGCUCAGCAUUGGAACUAUUACGCAGCUGAUCAUACCAGGAGGACUAGGCGUGCGAGUGGAUAGCCAUGUAUCGGCAAGAAAUCCGACAAAGGUGGGACCGGAUUACGAUAACUUAUUGGCCAAGAUUAUCGUAACAGCUCAAACUUGGAAUUCUGUUGUACGCAAAGCUAGGCGGUUAUUGGCAGAUGUGGUCAUUGCAGGUGUCAAAACAAAUCUUAGCCUGUUGCGCGGCAUAGUGAACCAUGAAGAUUUCCUUGAGGGUCGCAUAGAUACGCAGUGGCUCGAGAAGAAUGUUUCUACUCUUAUAGAGGUUGGUAACGUUACAGGAGAAAGACAGCUCAGCCAAAUGAAUCUUCCAUCGGACACCUCUCGACCAUCGUUGGCGAAUCUAGUCACCUCCUCUUCUUCCGUCCUGUUCCGAAAAGGAGAUGCAUGGUCACUUACAUUAGAGCCAUUAAAAGACCAGUCCAGUCGUGGAAAUUCUCGAUCAGCCAUACAAUCACAUCUCCUCAUUACUCGAGUUCUCAGGAAUGAUUUCCCUUCCUCACUCACCGCCGAGAUCGAAUACUCCUCAUCCUCAUCCUCAUCCAACGACGGGCCUGGUGUGCCCUCAACUUCUACACAGAGAUAUCGAAUCCACUUGGCAGAAACAAACGCGUCCGCAUUAGCACUAACAUCAUUAAGCCACCGUCGCGGAGACCCAAGCAACAAAAACCACAUCAUAUUUCCUCUUUCUGGCAAACUGAUCGAAGUCUUAGUAGCGCCUGGGGACGAGAUCGUGCCGAACCAAGUAGUCGCAUUCGUCAAGCAGAUGAAAAUGGAGCUGGAAAUACGGAGUCAUCGAGCUGGGAUUGUGAGAUGGGUCUUUAAUCUUGCUGCCGGUAACGAUGCGCAAGUGAGUAGUAGUCAAGGGGUGGAUGUAGCAGAGGGAUCGCUGCUUUUAGAGUUGGAAGAGCAGGAGGGCAUCAAGGGAAAACUUUAG